UCAUUCUCGCUCACUGUCCUCCUCGCCUCACGCGUCUCCUUCCCGCCAUUUUCGCCGCGCUCCCUGGGCCCUCGCUCUCGCGGCCGAUGAUUGCGCGCAGCUACGGCUAGACCCACGGGUUACUCGCGCUGUUCCUUAUUGCUCGCUGCAAUUCUCCCGAGAAAGAUUCGACUCCCCCCCCCCCUCCUCCCCCGACGACGCCCCCUUUUGCUCCGUUAUCCCCGUCCCCGACGCCCCCUAUUGGUUUCAGGCGCCCUCGUCCUUCCCUUAGGCCCCCCCGCGCCUCCGCCUGCGACCCCGCGGACAUUCUCUGGGCGUCGCAGAUUUGUCGCGGGAUGUCGCCCGCCGCAUGUCAUGCCUCUGCAUCCCAACCUAACACUCCCUCCCUCGUUUCUCUCUUUGAUAUUCGCUGGCAAGGCCUUGUCGCGCAGUCGCACAACGACGCGGGAACGCACGCGCUCUCGCUCUCGCAAUCGCUCGCGCAAUCGCGCGAAUCGUAUAUGAACGAGCGGCAGGAUGCCUUGCCGCGUGAAGCGACCCUCCCACUCGGUCGCCUAGUGCAGGGAAAAUCACAGCAGCCGCCGCUGUCGCAGUGUCACCUCCUAUCGCAAUCGUCGUCGCAAGGUCUUAAAGUAGAAACAGUGGCAGUGGAGCAACAGCAGCAACAGCAGCAACAGCAGCAGCCUCGGUGCCGGCGGUCUCAGGCGAUGGGGUGCGUUCCCUCCCGUUUAGCCAUUGAGUGUUGCUUGUCCGCUGGCGCUCGUCCUGUAAAGGGAAGUGCUAAUAUCGAGAGUAGCGGCAAGGCUGCGAGCCCAAGCGGCCUCCAGAGUGGCUCCGACAACCUAUUUAGUAUGUCGCUGCAUUCCACACAUCACCUCUGUUACCGAGUUUCUCAGAAGCGAGAACAAGAACGGCUUGUUACUGUAGCUGGUGAUAUAACGUGCGGCUUCUCAGCUUGCCCGUCCAAACCAAUCCGAGAACCGUUUAGGAGCGAUUCGUUACAAGCUGCUGCGUUAGAGGCCUCCGCACCAGCAUCUUCGUUACUGACACACUGCGCUGCAGCACCUCCAAGGGUUCACGAGAUGCCCGACGAGCUGCUGCGGCAAAUCUUCAGCCGUCUGAGUGUGUCUGACUUCCCCCGCGUGGCAGCAGUGUGCCAUCAGUGGCACACACUAGCUCUGGACCCUUCGCUGUGGUCGGCUGCCUUCUGCCGCUGCCACUGCCUGCUCUCCCUGGGCCUGCCCCCCUCCACCGCCUCGCUCCCCGCCAUGCUCGCCGCACAUGCUGCUGCUGCUGGCGGCCCUGCUGGUGCUGCUGCUGCUGUUGAUGCUGAUGCUGAUGGUGGUGCCGGCUGCACCAACGCUGCUGCUGGUGUUGCUGCUGGCUGCGCUGCAGUCGGAGCAGAAGCGAGAGAGAAUCCUGGAAAAUGUGUGGCGCUGGGGCAUUCUGCAGCUGUAGCGCGGGCGUCAGCUGUAGCGCCUACAGCAGCAGAAGCAGCAUGGCCAUCACCAGCAACCGCAGCACUGGAGGCGAAGGGAAGUUACACCCAUAUCACUAGCACACACCGCAGAGACCCGCAUUAUGCUGCAGCAGUAUCUGUUCAAGGCAUUGCCGACAGCCAUGCCAGGCGCCAUAGGAACUCGGCGCUGCUCUGCCCUCCCCCCUCCUCCUCCCCCCCUGCUCUGACAGGCCGGCGCUGCUUCCUUUCUGUCUUCUCGCUCCUCGCCUCCCCUGAGUUCGCCCUCUCGCACCCCAUCGCCCGCACCGACUCCGUUGCCAGCCUGGCUGUGCGCUUUCACGUGCAGGCCAUGGACAUCCGCCGCCUGAACAACAUCAUGAGUGACCACGCCAUCCACACGCGCACGCGCCUCCUUAUCCCCAUCCCUUCCUGCCGCCGCCCGGUUGAGCUGCCCGGGCGGCACUGUGCCGUCCAGUUUGACUGCCACGCACGGCGGGAAGUGCUGCUGGUGUUCCGGGAGGGGGAGGAGGGGGAGAUCCAGCGGGCGUAUGGAGAGACGCAGAGGGGCAGGCCCUCAGCAGCGCGGGGCACUGCGCAGGUGGUUUCUCUGUUGCAGAGGGCCCUGCAGGUGGACGAGGCCACAGCGCGGUAUUACCUGGGGGAGUCGGUCGGCGACGUGCGGGCGGCAGUGGCACUGUUCAUGGAGGACCAGCAGUGGGAGCGGGCGCAGGCACACGCGGGGGAGAGGAGGAGCCUCGCGAAUGGCGGCGGGAGAGGGAAGGGAUGGGGUAUGGCAAGGGGGUGAAAGGCUCUAGUGGUUUUUGGUGCCCACACUCAUGUCUGGCCGUGCAGUGGCGCGGAUGCAAUGCAAACCAAUGUGUCGAGUCCCACAUGUGAAACACAUUGCAUGACAUACACCGGCCCAUCAGGCCUCUGGAUAGGAUAAGAAGUACCGUAAUCCCCCGUAUAAAACACCCGCCGGAAUUAAGCUCCCCCGGGUAGCUUGAGCGGGUAUGGGUGUUUAAUUUAACUGGAUUUAGUUACCACCCUACCCUUGGCCUUGAAAACAUUUCACCAC